UUUCCCAAAUAAGAGCUAAAAGUGUAUUAUUCCUUUCACAGAAAACUCGGAGGGCAGAUAUAUCUCUCCCUUUCAUGAUGUACCCAUGUAUGCAAAUGAAGCAGAGAAUAUUUUUCAUGCAAUUGUGGAAGUUCCAAAAUGGACAAAUGCAAAGAUCGAGAUUGCCACUAAGGAACCUCUAAACCCCUUGAAACAAGAUGUGAUGAAGGGAAACCUUCGUUAUGUGGCCAAUGUGUUUCCCCACAAAGGUUAUAUCUGGAAUUAUGGAGCUAUCCCACAGACGUGGGAAGACCCCAACCACAAGGACAGUGACACAGGAUGCUGUGGAGACAAUGAUCCAAUUGAUAUUUGUGACAUAGGAAAUAAGGUGUGCUAUCGGGGAGAAAUAAUCAAAGUGAAGGUGUUGGGAACUCUAGCUCUGAUCGAUGAGGGUGAAACAGACUGGAAGGUCAUUGUGAUCAAUACUGAGGACCCAGAAGCUGUUGACUUUAACAACAUCGACGAUGUGAGGCGACUUAAGCCUGGAUAUCUGGAGGCAACUGUUGACUGGUUUAAAAGAUACAAAGUCCCAGAUGGGAAACCAGAAAACCAGUUUGCUUUCAACGGAGAGUUCAAAGACAGGGACUUUGCCAUAGAAACAGUGAAAUGCACACAUGAUUUUUGGAAGGCGCUGAUUUCACAGAAGAGCAAUGCUGGAGAGUUAAACUGCAUGAACACAACAGUGUCCAACAGUCCGUUCUGCUGCUCUGCUGGGGAUGCAGAGACUGUGGUGAAGUCUGCAUGUGCCUUUGGACCUGAAGAGCCUAUUCCAAGCUCUGCUGACAAAUGGUUCUACUAUGAGAAGUAAAAAUGUUCACCAAGAUGAAGAAACUAAAGAAGAGAAUUCUUCCUUCAUCUUCCUCAGUACAAGAGAAAUGCAGAUUG